UCUCAGGGCUCAUGGCUUAAUGCACAUAGUUCUGUUUGAUAAAAAUACAUCCAGUUUUUCUUUCAUUCAUAUCCAUUUUAAAUAUCCACUGUAGACGAGGCAGCCUGCCUUACUUAGAAUCAAUUGUUUUACACACACUGAAAUGGAAGGAAAUCAGUGCUGCUAACAAACACGCAAAAAUCGCCACUGACUAGGAUCAUUUUUUCUAAUGAACUAUUACAAUUUUUAAAAUUUAAUCUAUCUAUGUAGGAGGUGUACCGUUUGCCACUGUGAAACUGAAUGUCGUGAAUCUCAAUCGACAAUGCAAAAUGUACAGCCAAGGAAUGGCACCUGUCACGCGUACAUCGCCUGGCAAGUUACACUGGGAAAGAAUACGGGACCGUCCUACUUUUUCGAUGGAGGAUAACAUUUUCACCGUCAGUUGGAAGUACCGAACUCUUGAAAAUUUACGUGCAAUAACAUACUUUGCUUUCACUUAUCCCUUCUCAUACACGGAUUUGCAAGCAAGCCUGAGAAACAUUGACAUCAGAUUCCUAAAGUCAACCGAACGCGGUCCAAGGCUCAAGAAAACUAAGAAAUCCAUCAACAAACGUAUCGAUUUAUCUCGAAAAAUUGAGAAGAAGGAGAAGGUCCAAAGACAUCGCCUUGAUGAUAUCUACUACAAAAGGGAAACCAUUUGCUUGACCUGUGAAGGAAGAAAGGUGGACUUACUGACCAUCACAUCUUAUCAUGGCAUAACAUCUCAGAGAGAACCCCGAUAUGCUGGUUUGUUUCCCGAAAAGGAUGUCGAUCGACCUUUUCGGUUUGUGGGUAAAAAG